CGGCCGGUCGUGAGAAUGGUGCGUCCGUACUUAAACAAAGGAAAAUAAUCGUUUGCAAGUAUAAAGUAGAUGAUGUCGUCUGAGUCCCCUAAACUGAAGAUUGAAUACAUCAGUGAGGACAAGAUAAUCAAGCAAGAAGAGAGUGGCAACCAGUCUCCACUGGCACUCCUGGCGGCAACUUGCAGCCGCCUCGGCGCAGCCAACAUGGGGCCCGAACAACAACAAGAGAAAGAGCAACAGCAACAACAACAACACUACAGCCCACAGCAACAACAACAAGCGCAACAACAGCAACAAGCACAGCAACAGCAGCAGGCACAGCAGCAACAACAGCAGCAACAAGCGCAACAACAACAACAACAGCAACAACAACAACAACAACAGGUCCAACAGGCUCAACUAGUACAACAACAAGUGCAAGGGGAUGCGGCAACUCUUGCCGCCAUACAACAACAAUAUUUACAACAACAACCUCAAUUGAGGGUCAUUAGUACCGCUGUUGUGCAACAACUUAGAGCUCAAGGUUUAACAGGCAAUGAGUUGUCAGCGGCGAUAGUGAACGCAGCUAGUACUGUACCAAAUGGCAUACAAGUGCAGCAGCCACAGGUGAUAUCGAUGCAGCAGCUUCAGCAGCUGCUGGGCGGUGGUGGUGGUGAAGGUGCCACCUACCAGAACGCGCCUCAGCAGCUGCUGCAGAUACAUCCGCAGCUGCUGCAGCAACAAGCUGGUGGUGUGUACGGAGGUUGCCUGGUGGGGGGUGUAGGGGGUGUGGCUCCGAUGCAGGCUGUCACUGUGGACGGUCAGGAGGCACUCUUCAUACCUGCACAACAUGCACAAAACUUCUCAGGAAUGGGUCAAGUGAGCCUGGUCAACGGUCAGCUGGUGAGAACACCGGUGCUACCUGCGGGCUUCCUGCAGAAUGUCAUGCAUUUACCUGCCGAGCAACAGGCCACGGUCACAAUCCCGGGCUCUAACAUAUCGAUACCGUUGAGCGCGCUCGCCGGGAAUCAGCCGAUGAUCACGAUCCCCGGGAACUUUUCCCUUCCCGCCGGGAUUCAGAUCCCGACCAGCCAGGCCAUCACUAUCUCCAGCUCUCCACUGCCCUCUGCCGACAAGAAUGGCAACACUAAAGAAACUAAGUCACCCACCAGCCCACAGGGACAAGGUGGUGGAGUCGCAGUCCGUGGUGGUGUGGGCAGCGUGGGCGGCAUGGGCGUGGUGCCCGUGCAAGUCCCAGUGAGCAUGGGCAACGGACAUACUGUGUACCACACAGUCCACGUGCCCGUACACGCACCCCACCAUUUGCAGAUCAUACCGCAGCUACAACAGAUGCAAACACAGCCGCAAGUAGCCAAUGUUCUGACUCCGUCUGGUCAGAUUCAACAAAUACAAAUAGCGUCACUUGGCAAUGUACAGUCGAACGGCGGUGCGCAGACGUCGGUCAGCGCGGCGCAGACGCCGGCCACCAUCACGCUGCAGGCUGUAUCGAACCCGAUGCAGACGGAGGGCGUGGGCCAGCAGCAGAUACUGACCAGCUCUGGGCAGCAGCUGACCGUCAUACCUGCCAGCACGGCCGUCAGGAACGUCGUGCAGAUGCCAACGCUGGGCGUGGGCGGGCUGGGCGGCGCGGUGCAGCUGGUGCCGGCCGUGAUGCCCGGCGUGCAAGGAGUGCAACUCGCUCAGAUGUCGCAGCCGCAACAGCAGCAGCAGCAGCAGCAGCAACAACUACCCGUCAUCGAGGCGUCAUUCGCUGGGCAACAGAUCCAGCAGGACCCGUCCGAGCCGGGCAAAUGGCAGGUGGUGACUGUGAGCACUGGGGGUGGGGGCGGGGGCGGGACUGCGAGUGCGGGGGGCGGGGCGGAGUGCGAGAAGUUGCGCGAGCCGAGCCCCACACACGGCAAGCGGCUCAUGAAGCGCGUCGCCUGCACCUGUCCUAACUGCGACCAGGGCGAGAACAGACAGGUAGACCGCAAGAAGCAGCAUGUGUGUCACAUCCCCGGCUGUAACAAGGUGUACGGCAAGACCUCGCAUCUCCGCGCCCAUCUGCGCUGGCACUCCGGCGAGCGACCCUUCCUCUGUAACUGGCUCUUCUGCGGCAAAAGAUUUACACGUUCUGACGAACUGCAGAGGCAUAGACGUACUCACACCGGAGAGAAGCGGUUUGAGUGCCCCGAGUGCAGCAAGAGGUUUAUGAGAUCAGACCACCUCGCCAAGCAUGUGCGCAUACACACUAAAACGAGGAGCACGGAAACAACAACCACCAACCAGCUGAUGUACUCAGACUCUGGUGAUGACAGCUGUGAUGACAAGAUGAUGCUCACAAUAGAGACGCUACACACAGCGGGCGAGGGUGAUGAGAAGCUGGUUAUGAUCCGGCCCGGCACCAAGUUGGAGACUGAGCAGGACAGCUAGGACGAGGCCAGCGACGCAUAGUCCCGUCGCUACACGCGCAGCCGCUGCAAGCUGCAGCACUUCUGCUAUUGUGAAUAGAACACCAAUCAGUUUACAGUGAACAGUGCUCGUGAACAUAACCUAAAACGUUACAAUAGUCUUCGGUGAACAGUGUUUGUGAUACGUAACCUAACAGUAUAUAACCUGCUAGUUAUAAUUUUCAUCAAUAUAAACUAAUGUUGCAGUGAAUGUACCGUGAUAUUCAGUUUACAGUGAACAGUGCUUGAAAAACCAAACCCAACGUUUCAAAACCUAACCUAAUAGUUGUAAUAUACUAGUAAUGCUUGGAUUCUGUUGCCACAGUCUAUUGUGAAUAGAAUCAGUGAUAAAUUUGUGCAAAGCUUUUAGUAUCAUAAUAGAUAUUGGAAUGGUGAAGUUGAUUACAUAUUAUUGAAUUUAAAAUUAUAAUCCAGGUUUAUUAUUCAUAAAAAAUAUAUGAAAUCCGUCCAAUUAUUUCCAGAAUUAAAUCUUGAAUGAAAUUUCUUGAAUAAACAUACUGUUGGUGUUCGAAAGUUUGUGACAUUGUCAGUGGUUUUGCGUGUGUCAAAAUAAUUAUAAUUUUUUUUAUCCAUGACUUGUAUUAUAAGUA